AUGGGGGACAACUGUACAGAUACACUAAACAAGCUUAUUCAGCCUUCUUUCGAUGUUAAGUUGAAACUGUUAUCAUUGAUAAGUGAGAAUGAACAGAGGAUUGCAAAGCUUAAGGAUAUCAUAUUGUUUGGAGAGUCUGCCGAAGCACUUUCAGUGUUCUCUUCUCAUGGUGAGCACUUCCUUAAGGAAAUCGACAGGAUUCAGCAUCAGCUAGCUAUACUCGAACCAAGAGUCGAAUCUUCGCUACAGACUGGGAAGGAUUUGGCUGAAAAGAUUAUUCCAGAUGUGCUUCAAAUGAGAUCUCUUCAGACUUCCCUUUCCGUUGCAGAAAGGGAUGAAGCUGUCGCGCGUUACAGAGAAGGAGCUGCUGAAACUGAUGCCGCAAAACGCGCCAAGUUGUCUGUCCCCGUGCGUCUCAUCCUAGAGCCACUAGAAAAACGCUUUCUCUUUAACUUCUACGGCGACAGGAUCACUAAUAAACCAGAAAAGCCCGAAUGGUACUUCACUGAGGUUUUAACUUGGAUCACUAUCAAUGACCAAUGGCUAACGUGGAUGCAAGAUGAACAACUCAGGGGUGCAGUCAAGACCUCUUCAAGUCUUAGAAAGUCUGUGUUUCCUCACGUUCGACCUCAUUUUCUUGUUCUAGGACCGGAGGGAACGGCGGAGACAGCUACGGAUUCAGCAGACUUGACCAUCGGACUAUUAACAACACCUCCUCCAUUUUUCGGCCACCUCACAGAUGAGAUGCUUACAUUUGAGAAGUGCCUGGAGGGUCUGUGCUACCACCCACAGGCUCUUCGGCCUGCCGACCUCUUCACACAUCGCCUUGACAUCUUGCAACACUGGAUCGCUCUUGAGAGUGACCUUGCUCACAGAAAACUCAAGGACCUUCUGGCUAAGCCGUAUGCCUGGCGUGUGGAUAACAAAGUGCCUCAAUGCGUGGGGGAUUUCGUGACUCUUGUCUACUCCAUCUCUCGCCGCGCUGUUCAUCUGCACCAUAAAGCUGCCAAAUCGAGAGUCUUCUUUUUUAAGGUCCAACUUGACCUUGUCUUCACCUUUCUCGAAGCGAUGACUGCUGCUCUGCCAUGGAAUACCACGACUAGUGCUGCUCUCGAAGGGAUGGAAGAUGAGUCUCGCGAUCAUCUAACUCGCUGGACGUCCAUUCUCAACGCCUUGCACACGGUGGUCGAGACCAUGCAGGAGUGGACCAAUGACCAGUAUUUUGUGGAACUUUGUGAAGAUCCAGAGUCUCAUCGACUUCUCACCUGUGCUUGGGAUCCCUGGAUGGACGAAGAGGUGGAGGUAAUGGAGUUUAUUCUUAUUCUCUACAUUUUUGCUCAACACCUUGAGUGUCCAAAGGAGCCGGGAAUUCAGCAAGAUAAGGUUGAAUUGCAGAAGACAAUCUGCGAACCUAAGAAUUGGGAGACGAACGGCUGGAAAACCAUCACACGUCGACUAUCGACUGCUCUGAUGGAAGCAAAGUUAUCUGAGGCUGCCAAAACGACGGCAGCCGUUAGACGUGGAAUGCAGUGCCCAGGGGUCUUCUCUGAGAAACUAAUAGCACUACCAUUCAUCCAGAUUUCCGAACUCUACGAGUGUCGGAUUCAAGAGAACCUACAUCAGGUAGGUCAGAGUCUCUUCGGUCGCCUGCGGCGAUUGGCACAGACCUACCUCAGCGAUAGCAAGCAAUGGUCGCGAGUGAACGGCUACCAGACGGUUACGACUACCACCACUUCAUCGCCUCCAGCCACCGGUCUGUCUGGUCACAUAGCAGAGAUGUUUGUUCGCCUAAAUUACGAUCUUUCGGCCACUGCUAGGGCUCUUCUACCGCGUCUCUUCACCAUUCUCUGGCAACCGGUCCUUCGAAGAAUUAAUCAACUCUUUUACAAUAAGUUGGUGCUGGAGAAUCGCUUCACCCCCGUAGGAGCGAAUCAACUUCACUAUGACCUGUAUAACUGCCUACGUGCCCUUUUAAUGCCUUACGCCAACCUCCUGGCGGUCGACGACCUCCUAGCUGAAUGCUUUGAUGCUUGCCGUUUGCUCAAUCUCCCUCCUGGAUCUAUUCACUUGUUGAGGCAGUCUCUGCUCGCCACAGACAUCUCUUCGGUUGUUCUCGGACCUCUUGUCGAACUAGGCAUUCGUCGGCUCACUCCAGAGGAUGCAAUGGCUGCCGAGUCCGAAUCUGCUGAUUUUGACACAAAUGCACUACAAGAUCUUGCAAAGGAACAUCAGAGGCGAGUUCGGCAAAAACAGGCUGACCUGGAGACUUGCGAACUUCGGGUUCUUAAUUCAGUGUUCGACCUUGCCUCUCAAGUCAGUAUAAAUCUCAAUGAGAAGGUUUCGAAGGCUUACGAAAACCAAUGUCGUCUGAACACAGAGGUGAAGAGACUUUGCUCUAACAUACUGACCUUCAGUCGACAAGUGGAUCUGUGGAGUAAGGAGAUUUUUGAAAUCAGCUCAGCUUUGAAGGAGCUUGGAGACGCUGAGACAUGGUCUCAAAAACUUUGCCGAGACGUGCAGAUAAUCCAUGAUACAUUGGAAGCAGCCGAUAAAUAG